UACCCUCCGAAACUCAAAAUGACUUACUUUCAUCCAUUGAUCGAAGUUUGGUGACUCACUUUAUCCCUUUUAGUCAACUUCAUCCAAAAGUCUAUUAACUUUGAUGACGUGGCAUGGAUGUUUUUGUAAUUUAUACAUAUAACUCAUUAUCCACCAAUUGAGUGGGUAACUUGGCAAGUGAAGCCCACCUCUAUGCAGAUAAAAUAAAAAUAUAAUUAAAAUUUAAAGAGAAAAAUUACAUUUAAAAAAAAAAAAAAAAAACUAAAAUUACAAUCCUUCACCACCAGCCCGCCCUUGAUUCUCCCAUCUCCCCACAUCCAUAUCCGGCGCCUCCCCUCCCUCUUUCCCCAUCCCGCUGCAAGAGUAGCCGGUGACCCGUAAAAAACCAAAAAAGAAAUCAACUUCAUCAAUUUUGACGAAAAUCCAUCUCAUAUCCAGUUCUGCUUUCCACUAUUUGCACAUAAUUGAAGCCAAAUUUUCACCAUACCCACUUUUUUCCUUUACUCUAAGUCUUAACCUUUGAGCCACUAAUGAAGUGGCUCCAUUUCUCAAGGUCGACGCCUGCAACACAGCAAUCUCAGCUAUCGGGGAUUUGGGGCUUCCUCUGAUAACGCUCUUUUGUUGAGGCACGUAUUGGGGUUGUCUCUGACACCAAAUCUUCCACCAUAUUCACUGUUGACUCGGGGAUAAAGGAUAUCGAGAUCUAACCAGUCACCGACAGCGGAGGAGGUAGAUAUGAUUCUGGCAGUAGAGGCGGAGGUGGCGGAAGCGGUGGAGGUGAUAAUAGUGACGAUAAAGGCGAGGGAGAGGAGGGACCGAAAAAGAAGAGAGAAGAAAGGGAUGUCAAUGUCUUAGAAACUAACCCUUGGAUAUGCUGCUCUUGUUGGAGGCGACGGUAGAGAUAGAAUUGUGGUUACCGGAGAUGAGGACUAGAGGUAUAAUAGGGGCGUUGUUGAAAUCUUUUGGUCCAAGUGAGCAUGGCACUCGCCUUGUUCGUAAAGGAAGGAGGUUGGGUCGAUUUGUCAGACACAAAUUCUGGCUCUGGAUGUUUCUCUUUGCAACCAUCUUUUUGAUUUACUUGCUACUCUUCGGCCUCAAUAUGCAUUUUCCUGCUAAAUUAGAAGGUAGUGGUACUAGUAUCCGUAUUUCAGCACGGCAAGAAAUUUUGCCAUCUCAUGUUGUUGGAAGACCACCCAGAAGCAAGCAUCGUAAGCAGUAUUUGCCUUGCGAGGUUGGGUUUCUGGAAUCAAUUGAGUAUCUUGUUGAACCAAAGGAAGUCAUGAACUUCACACAGUUUUCACUACAGUUCAUUGACCAAGAGGGAAUACCUUCCCAUAGUAAUAUAUAUGAACCUAGAUUUGGAGGACAUCAGACACUUGAGGAAAGAGAGCAAUCUUUCUUUGCGAAAAAUCAAACUCUACAUUGUGGAUUUAUCAAAGGACCACCUGGAUUCUCAAGCACUGGAUUUGAUAUAGAUGCAAAGGACAAGGCAUACAUGAACGAGUGUAAGAUUGCAGUAUCUUCAUGCAUUUUUGGAAGCUCUGAUUUUCUUAGGAGGCCUACAAGCAAAAAGAUAAGUGAAUAUUCCAAGAAAAACGUUUGUUUUGUAAUGUUUGUGGAUGAGCAAACAUUGGGAAAAUUAUCAUCCGAGGGACAUGUUCCUGAUGUUACAGGACGAAUUGGCUUGUGGAGGAUAGUCAUAGUGAAGAAUUUACCAUAUGAGGAUAUGCGCAGAACUGGAAAGGUGCCAAAAUUUUUAUCACAUCGCCUUUUCCCCCAUUCAUGGUAUUCAAUUUGGCUUGACAGCAAGAUGCGACUUAAUACUGAUCCAAUGCUGAUUAUUGAAUACUUUUUGUGGCGAACAAAAUCAGAAUACGCCAUUUCCAACCAUUAUGAGCGACAUUGUGUCUCGGAGGAGGUACUCCAAAAUAAGCGUCUUGAUAAGUUCAAUCACACAGCCAUUGAUGAACAGUUUGCAUUUUACCAGUCUGAUGGCCUCACCAAGUUUGACCCUUCAGACCCAAAUACCCCUCUUCCCAGUUAUGUUCCUGAAGGUUCAUUUAUAGUCCGGGCACAUACACCAAUUGCAAAUUUAUUUUCAUGCCUUUGGUUUAAUGAAGUUGACAGGUUUACCUCCCGUGAUCAACUAAGCUUUGCAUAUACGUACUUAAAAUUGAGGAGAAUGAACCCAGAUAGACCAUUCUACCUAAGUAUGUUCAAGGACUGUGAGCGCAGAGCACUAGUAAAGCUAUUCCGGCAUAGGGAAGAGCCAUCUCCUCCAGGACCUCCACCUGUUAUUUGAUCAGUAAUUAUUAUUUGCAGUUAUUCUGGGAUGGAGACUGAAGUGAAAACCGAGCUAAUGUCAGCUGCUCGUUUAGCGAGAUUGAACGGUUUAACUCGUUGUAGGCUUGUAGCUGAUGCUGAGCCUGAAUGGCUGGUAGGUUUUGUUGUUGUUGCACCUGACCAUGUAGCACACAGAGAGGAAUUUAAUUUGGCAUUACAAAAAGAUCCAAAGAUCGAACAGCCACAAGUCUCAACUGCUGUUUCAAACAGGGAAGGGCAGACCAAGCAAUGUUGUUGAGGACAUUCGUUGGGAAGGGAUUUAUUUUCCUUCUUGUUAUUUUCAGUUCCAAACCCGACUUUCUAAUUUUCUUGAAAGAAGGGUAGUUUAGAAACUAACAGGUUGUAAUAUUCGUUUGUAUUUUUUUUUGGUCAAAUGUAAUAUUCGUUUGUAUAGCCUAUACAUUUUUUAUGUAGAAAUUCUUUUAGCUCAUCCCAAGCCCAACA